AUGUUGGGCGCUCUGCACCCUGCAGAGCUUCAGAGCUGCCACAUAUCUCGCUUGUCAUGGUUUAAAAGAGCACCCGCUGGGCGAGCUCGAGCUGCUGGACGCAGGUGGCAGGUCCCCCGCGCCGAGCACCAGGAGGCUCCCGCAAAGGCUGGGCGCGACGCCCUCGCAGGCCUUGAUGCCGGGGCCCUGUGCCUGGAGAUAGAGCCCGGCAGCAAUAACUCCCGCUGCAUCUACGCCAGCACCGACGUGCCGGCCCCCAAGGAGACCCUCUGGCGACUGCUCACCGACUACCAGCACCUCAAUGACUUCAUCCCGGGCCUGGCCGUCAACCAGGAGCUGGAGUCCUUUCCCGACGGCUGCAAACUGCUCCAGGUGGGGCAGCAGGAGCUGGCCCUGGGCUUCAAAUUCACGGCGCGGUGCGUGCUGAACAUCCGGGAGCACCCCGACGGCAUCCCUGGCCGCCUGCUGGGACCCAAUGGCGGCAGCGGGGCUGGCAAUGGUGAUCGUGGCCGGUCCGCGCCGCUAGACGGCUCCUCCUUCCCUGCGCCGCGCUCGCAGAUGGGGACCGCUGCGCCGCACGCCGACAUCGUGUUCGAGUCGGUGCAGGGCGAUUUCCAGGUGUUCAAGGGCCUGUGGCGGAUGCAGGCCCGGGACACCUCGCGCGCCCACCUGUCCUACUCCCUAUUCGUCCGGCCGCAGCGCUGGCUCCCCGUGCAACUGGUGCAGCCCCGCAUCGAGCAGGAGAUCCGGGCCAACCUGCUUGCCGUCUGCCGGCACGCCGCCUGCUGCCACGCGGCGGCGGGCGGGGGCGAGCCGGACGCCACCUGA